ACUUAGUCCUGUUGAUCAGUAUCUUAUUGUUUGUCUCAAGCUUCUCUUUCUGAUUCACUGGAAUUUAUAAGUGUUGACUUACCAGUUCAGUGAGUCUACCCUCUAGCUGACAUUAACACUGAUUUGCUGGCAGAGUUCGUGUCAUAAGUCAGAAGUGACAUCACUGCACGUCAUGACAACAAAGUGUAGGGCUGCAGCCUAAAUCCCAUUUGAGGAACCGAUAUGUUUCAGUCCUUUCUGGACUAAUAGCUUGACUGUACAUUACUGAUUUUACCAACUUCAUAUAAUACACUAUAUCCUUCCCCCCCCUUCAAAUGCAUUUUAUGUUUAAGGGUCUCAAAAUUCUGAUUUGUAUUAUAUAAGAAUGCAGUCUCUAAUAUAAAGUUACUUAUGUGCCAUCAAGUUGGAACCAGCUUACAUCAACUGUGAUAUUUCAAGCAUCAGGUAUCAGGUUCAACACUGGACUGGGUCAACACAUUUUGAAAAAUCCCCUUGUUGUUAACAGCAUUAUAGAAAAGGCUGCCUUGCGCCCUACAGAUGUUGUUCUUGAAGUUGGUCCUGGCACUGGUAACAUGACAGUAAAAAUGUUAGAAAAGGUGAAAAAGGUAAUUGCUUGUGAGCUUGACGUAAAACUUGCUGGUGAACUUCAGAAAAGAGUUCAGGGCACGCCUUUGGCUAGCAAGCUUGAAAUAAAGAUUGGGGAUGUACUGAAAAGUGACUUGCCGUUCUUUGAUGCUUGCGUAGCUAACUUGCCUUAUCAAAUUUCCUCUCCAUUUGUAUUUAAGCUGUUGCUCCAUCGGCCAUUCUUCAGGUGUGCAGUUCUCAUGUUCCAAAGAGAAUUUGCUCUUCGCUUGGUUGCAAAACCAGGUUCUCCCCUAUAUUGUAGGCUGUCUGUAAAUACCCAGUUACUAGCCCGCGUUGAUCAUCUAAUGAAAGUUGGAAAAAAUAACUUUAAACCACCACCCAAAGUUGAAUCCAGUGUUGUGAGGAUAGAACCAAAGAACCCUCCUCCACCAAUCAACUUUCAGGAGUGGGAUGGCCUGCUGAGGAUCGUCUUUGUCAGAAAAAACAAGACUCUCGCCGCAGUUUUUAAUUCAAAUGCUGUAAAGAACUUGCUGGAACAGAACUACCGAAUUCAUUGUUCUCAAAAUAACUUGGAAAUUCCUGAAAAUUUCAGUAUUGGAAAUCUUAUUCAGGGAAUUCUAAAGGACACUGGCUACUCAGAAAAACGAGCACGAGUAAUGGAUAUUGAUGAUUUCAUCAGUGUUUUGCAUGGAAUCUUUCAAAUAGAUGCUUCAUAUUUCCAAAUUGAUAGCCAGAUAGGUAUGCUGCAAUGCCAUGUUAGUUGGUGGACUGCCCCAUAUUGUUUGAUGAGACACUCUGCCUACUAUGUACAUGAUGUCAGAUUAAAUGUAUUUGAGGCCAGUUCAAACACGUAACACACUUUGUGGGUCGUACCAACUUGCAAGAUACCUCUAGCAUCAUGCCUACUCCUUUGCUGUGUUAGCUGUCAUAGAGGUGGGCCAAGAUUUUCCUCUUAUAAGUCAUGGAAAGCAGGGUGGAAUGAUACGUUGUUUUGCAAACAUAGCCAUGGGAUGGACAGCUGGGCUGGGACAUGUUGACCCAAUAAAAGCAACAUAACUGAAAGGAAGAAUUGUACCAUUUCCCAGGAGUCACUGUGUUUCAGCAUUGAGGAAAGUGCUGCAACAGCUUUGGUGGUCAUGAUGCAGUGCAGUGUUUUGUGGGGUCAAAAUAUAGUGCCGCAACUGAUGGGGGUGCAAGGUAAAGCCAGGGCAUUUUGUGAAAGGCACUGCAUAUUUCACUUUAUAUAUCACCAGUAGUUUGUGCUAUCGUUUGUGCUGUGUGUGUAAAUAGUUCAUAUCUUAUCUUGGCCACAGAAUUGGGUUGUACUGAUUUAAAUGAAGGAAGAAAGGAUUAUUUCCUCCCAGGACAAGCUUCAGGCAAAAGCUGGACAUCUUGAGUGCUCCCUUUUUGCUUCUGAAAACCAAAAGAGGGAUAUCCUUAGACCAGUAUCCUGUUGCCUAAACAGAAUGGAAGGGAAAUCGCAUAAGCAUUCCACCAACUUCAGCAGGUUCUCUCAGGCGGGACCAGCUGAGUGGUCUAUCUUGCAAAUAGUCUCCUGUUUCUUAUGAAUGAAAUGUGAACACCAGUUAAAAUGUAAAUCGUGACAGGGAACCUAUGAAGACAGGUUUCUGUGAUGCCUCUUCCAUUCCAUGACUAGGCAAGAGGAUAUUUUCAUUCCCAAAUGUCUGAAUUGUCUUACUAGCAGCUUUGCACAGCAUUGCCAGUUUGAAGAGUCAAGCUGAUUGCUACGGUCAGAUGUUUUAGUUCUUAGGGAAGUUGUUCAGGAAGAAUAGAAUGAGUGAUGGAAUAAAAGUAUUAUUAUGUACUAGGCUUCAGAAGCUGUUUUCUUUAAGUAGAACAUGGCAAAAGGGGGGAGGGAACCACCCUGUUUUUCCUGCAUUGGAAGCUGGAGACAAAAGAACUGGGAAGUAUUUGAUGUUGCCAUCUUUGUGCCAUAUAAAUAAGCUUCCCUAAGAACUGAUUUUCUUUUUCUUUUUUCAAU